AUGGCUUCCCGGAAGAAGGUCCUUUUGAAGGUCAUUAUCUUGGGCGACAGCGGUGUCGGCAAGACAAGUCUGAUGAACCAAUAUGUCAACAAGAAGUUCAGCGCCAGCUACAAGGCCACGAUCGGGGCUGAUUUCUUGACGCGGGAGGUGCUGGUGGAUGACCGCCAGGUGACAAUGCAGCUCUGGGAUACAGCAGGCCAAGAACGGUUCCAGUCGCUCGGUGUGGCAUUCUACCGGGGGGCGGAUUGCUGCGUGUUGGUGUAUGAUGUCAAUAACUCCAAGAGCUUUGAUGCGCUCGACAGCUGGCGAGAUGAGUUUCUGAUCCAGGCAUCGCCACGGGAUCCGGACAAUUUUCCGUUUGUGGUGCUGGGCAACAAGAUUGAUGUGGAGGAGAGCAAGCGGGUGAUCUCGACAAAGCGGGCCAUGACCUUUUGCCAGUCUAAAGGAGGCAUCCCCUAUUUUGAGACGAGUGCGAAGGAGGCUAUUAACGUGGAGCAGGCGUUUGAGGUGAUCGCGAGGAACGCACUCCUCCAAGAAGAGUCAGAGGAGUUCAGUGGCGAUUUCCAGGACCCCAUCAACAUUCACAUCGAGAACGACCGAGAUGGGUGCGCAUGCUAG